AUGAUAUCCGCAAAAGAAAUCAAAGAUAUUUCUGAUAUUAUAGAUUUAUUAAGACCUAUUGAAGCAUCUACCAAAGAACUUUUUGGUCAAAAAUAUAUAACUUCAAGUAUGGUUAUUCCUAUGAUAUACAUGAUGGUUAAAAACAUCAGCCAAUUCAAACCUACACAAGAAUUAGGCAUUCAGUUCAAAAAAGAAAUCUUAUUUCACUGUGAGAAGCGUUUUGGUUCAGUUGAAAGUGUUGCACUUUUAAGCAUAGCAACAGUUUUAGAUCCACAACAUGAUGAAGCAAAACCUUUCAAUUUAUGGCAAGAACAUGAAUCUAUGGUACAAAAAUCUACCAGACGUAGAAGGCAGCUUCAGUCUGAUGACAUAGGGUUUCCAAAUGAACUAAAUUUGUACUUGAAAUCAAGCGUGGCUCGGUUAUCAGACAAUCCUCUUCACUUAUGGAAAGAUAUGAAAAGUGUAUAUCCCAUAUUGUCAAACAUUGCAAUAAAAUAUUUGUCAAUUGUUGCAACGUCUGUACCAAGUGAGAGGUUGUUUUCUAAAGCUGGACUAACUUUAAGUAAUCAAAGGAAUCGUUUAACCCCAAAACAUCUUAACAAAUUAUUAUUUUUGCAAUCCUUAGAUGAUACGUUAUGGUCAUUAUAA